AUGAAACCCAAGAAGUUGUUUGUGCUGGAGCCGCAAACGCGCCCCGCCGAGCCCAUGCACGAUGUCAUCCCGCUCUGCGAACCAUCCCCAGGUCUCCGCAUUUGCGCCACGGCCGACAUUACCCCUGCCAGCAAGAUGCUCUCUCAUAAGAAAGAAAAGGAACUGGACUCUGCUCUGAUCAGGCGUGCCAUCGCCACCCUCACAGACCACGUGCGGAGCGCGGAAAUCCGCUCCGCAAGGCUGCAGCAUAAACCGCCUGCCCAGCAAGACAUACGAUCCUCACGUUCUCAACUACCAAUGCCCAGCGCCAAUUCGCAAUCUGUUGAAAUCAUGGCAUCUUCCAAUAACGAUUCACCACUUCUCGCCCUGCCGCGCGAGUUGCGCGACGAGAUUCUUGGUUACCUGAUCCUACCGCAGUACGUCUAUACAUCGACUUCGAUAAAGGACACCCAGCAUUUGUACAGAUCGCGUCAAAUACCCAUGGAUACCUAUAUUGAUACACGCAUUUACCUCCCUUCCCGUCCACCUCCAAACAUCCUAGCAACGUGUCGGCAGCUACGAGAAGAGUGUCUAGAACACCGUCUUCUGCUGUCAAAGGUCACUCCAACAACGCCAGACUCGGAGGAGCAGCCCUUGAGUAACGUCGUGGCUGCGAGGCUCGGAACCGAAUUUGCCGAAGAAGCAGAGCGUGCCUGCGACGAUGACGCUCUGCGUAUUACAGUGGAGGUCCAGCGCCAGCUACGCGGGGCUCACGGUUACUACGUCCCCACGCGCGAAGAGAUGUCGCCUCGUUUCCUCGCACUACUUCCAACUAUUGGCAGGACUAAGAAGCUUAGGCUGGCUAUCUGGCCCGGAUACGACUGGUGGAAUGGUGGUCCGCAGGUGUUCAUCGAUAAACGCGGGAAUGCUCGCGUCAACCCUGGUGAGGCAGCGAAGCCCAAUGCUGCCUCAGUUGCCAUCAGCCGGAUCCUCCAGUACUUCCCUAACGUCGAGGAACUCAGGGUGGACGUCCUCAUGCAGGCAUCUGAGGGUGGUAACUGGGAUUUGCCUGACAAGAAAUGGGAAAAUGUUCAGCCCUGGCUGGAUGCACCCGUUACGCCUGUAGUAGGAGAGAGAGUGAGGCAAGUUACUAGAAAGCUAACCGGCUUCUGGAAAACAUCAGAACCGGAGCCCUUCUACAUUCAGCACGAGAUUCGUCAAUCGGGUAAUACUUGGAAGGUCGACAGGAAAGGCGAUAUGGGCACCGUGAGUCGCUUUCGAGCCAGACCCGUUUAUCCGUCGCUUACAAUUCCAGCCGACGAUGAAGUCCUUCUGCGAUACCGGCAAUGA